AAGGCGGAUUCUGCACAGCAGCUGCCGGUUCCAGGCCGGCUUCUGGGAGCAGAAGAGACGACGGGAGCGCUGAGCUGUUGGCUGGGCUUCUUGGGGGCAGCACCGCCGCCCGGGCGUGGGGAUGAUGGUCGGUGCAGCAACGGCGGGAGAUGGGGCAUCGCCGAACCCCGGCCCGGCUGCAGUCUCGCUGGGCUUGAGCGUGGCUGUGGUCUCUAGCCUGGUGAAUGGGUCCACGUUCGUGUUGCAGAAGAAAGGGAUCGUACGGGCAAGAGGACGAGGAACUUCAUAUUUAACUGACAUAGUAUGGUGGUCAGGCACUAUUGCAAUGGCUCUGGGUCAGAUUGGGAAUUUCUUAGCCUACACUGCAGUUCCUACUGUUCUAGUGACUCCCCUUGGAGCACUUGGAGUUCCAUUUGGAUCCAUUUUAGCUUCCUAUUUAUUGAAAGAAAAACUCAACAUUCUUGGCAAGUUGGGCUGUCUGCUGAGCUGUGCAGGUUCUGUUGUUCUCAUAAUCCAUUCUCCAAAGUCUGAAAGUGUCACCACUCAGGCAGAGCUUGAAGAGAAGCUCACAAACCCAGUGUUCGUGGGGUACCUCUGCAUUGUGCUUCUCAUGCUGCUUCUACUUAUCUUCUGGAUUGCACCAGCUCACGGACCCACUAAUAUUAUGGUUUACAUCAGUAUUUGCUCACUGUUAGGAAGUUUCACAGUGCCUAGCACAAAAGGCAUAGGACUGGCUGCCCAAGAUAUCUUUCACAAUAAUCCCUCAAGCCAAAGAGCACUGUACCUCUGUUUGGUUCUGUUGGCAGUAUUAGGAUGUAGCAUCAUCAUUCAGUUCAGGUACAUUAAUAAGGCUUUGGAAUGUUUUGACUCUUCAGUGUUUGGUGCCAUUUACUAUGUGGUAUUUACCACUCUGGUCUUGCUAGCUUCAGCCAUCCUUUUCAGAGAAUGGAGCAAUGUUGGAGUGGUUGAUUUCUUAGGGAUGGCUUGUGGAUUCACUACUGUAUCUAUUGGAAUAGUUCUUAUACAAGUUUUCAAAGAGUUCAGUUUCAGUAUUGGGGAUGUGAAUAAGCCUAAUAUGAAGACUGAUUAGGAUCCUAAUAGUUGAUCGGUUGGAUGGCCAGGGGAUGAUGAGCCUUUAAUUUCUAGGCCAAAGGAAUGACAGAAUCUUUAAUUUCUAGGCUAAGAUAAAAACAGGAAUGGAUGGAAUAUAUGAAAUUAGGGCCCCCCCAUCCAGUUUCUCUACUGAUGCCACACUUCAACCAUAUAAGAGCUUUAAGUGGAAUAAUCUUACAAUUUUCCCAGCAUAUGGGUAAGAAUUACAUCAGUAUAGAGACUGAUAUAUUUCUUCACUCUUAAAGGUGAUUUGUGUUGAGAAGAGUCGAAGCAUUCAGCAUAUCAGAAUGGAGGAACCAUUCAAAAUGGCUACCUUCAAUGUUCUUGCUGUGGGAAUAAACCAAUUCAGGUUCUUCUGUGCUCAACUUGACAGAUGACAUGACUCAUAAAUGGUCCUUUUGAAAAUAUAGAUACACUUCAAAACUGAAAUUGAAUUUUUCCUCCCCUAUAUUAUUGUCAUGUUUAUUGUUUUCAUAGCUUUAUUAGGGGGUUCUAAAAAUGCCGUUUCAGUAUCUAUAUAUUAACGUAUUUAUUUCCUUUACUAACCGCAUCUGCAUUUUGGACUGUUCAUGGGAAGUUUAGAAUUGACCAAGGCAUAGAGCAGUGCAUUUAUUACUUAAAACAUGCCUUCUCUUACCAGUCAAAAGUUACUCACUGACUUCAGUAAACACAUAAUUCACUUUGCAGAUAUGCCUUUUGUUGACAACUAUAAUUUGAAGUGCAUUAACAUUUGUCAUUCAUUUAUGAGCUCUUAAUGACCAACAGAAAAAUAUUGUGAGGGGUUGUGGCAGAUUGUAACCACUCUUCUACCUUUUUUUGGUAGAUCAUUUCUAAACACUUGGAAACUACUUCAGUGCCUUUUGUAUUACUAAAAUACCACAUAAUUUGAAUGCAUGUGUCUGUUGUCUCUUAACACUUGGCUGUCCUCAUGCUUAUAAGCAGGUAAAGCAGCCAGAAAGGGCAGUAUAUUUACAAGAGAGACUUUAAAGCCUGAAUUUAUAAUUGAGGUGACUGCAAUAACUUUUCUCGCACCUCCAUUAUGUGUUGUUCAGAGAAGUGUUCAACACAUGUCUGUUCCCAAUGUUCCAGUUUUUAUGUAGCAAACUCCUUCAUAGCACAUUUUAAAGUCAGAUUUUGAACUGGCACUUUUCAGAGUGGAAGGAAGCUUGUGGAGCAAUGAAUUUCUAAGGGACAAUGCUAAUUUCAGACAAAAAAAGGUUGGACAAGCUCAGUGGCUUGAGUCUUCAGCCACCUCCAAAGGGUUAGGACAGAAUCUGGCAGCUAUUCAGUACAGUUCCUGAGUUGGGGGAGCUCAUAGAAGUGCAGCCUGACCAAUUUAUGAAGCUCUCAAAGCUAAAACUAAGUUGGUAUACAUGUAUCAGAAAUGAAGGAUUUUUUUCCUUCAUGAAACUUCAGAUGCUGUUUAACAGAAUAAGAGUAUUUGUAGGUCCAUCAUCAGUAUUUAGUUAAUGAAUUUAACAUCUGUCAUGGAGAGUUUGUUUUGUAUCACUUCCAAAAAACAAAGUACAGGAAAAAAAUUUAGCAGACCAAUCUCUGUUCUUUAAAAUAUUUGCAUUGCUCCCUUUGAAAAUCUCUACUGGUUUCAGAGUUCUGUGAAACUGAUGGGCCCAGUUGUGCUCUAGUUUAAAGGUGAUUGAAAAAUAACUCCUGUCAGUAGAACUGUUUGUGCCAUGUGGUGACAGCUAACCAAAUGCAGCACAAGAAUUACCAGUUUUCUAAAUGUGAAGUUGACAUUCCGAGAUUCCAUUUUUAAAACUGCAAAUGCCAAGUUUCUGAUUUUCAUAAAAUAAGGGCCGCUUCAGAUGUUAUAGUUUAAGAAUGUGCAAUCUGUACUCUUUAAGCAUACACUGUCAUGUCCAAAGUGACCAUGUGUUUUGUUUUGGUCGUGUCAAAACUAAUGGUGGUCUUCAUUAAGCCGUAACAUGUGAAGUAGCUAUUAAUAUUAAUUCAGUUUAAAUAUUAAUUUCACGGGUAAAACACAGAUGUUUGUCAUUUGUAUUUUGCCAAACUCCUAGAAAAACUACUCUGGAAUGUUACAUUUUAAAAUAAGACAUGCUUGUGCUUUCAUAAUUCUAGAACAAAUUUUAUCAUAAAUGUGUUCAUAUUAUUUUUU